CGGGCGCCCUGCCCUCGCGGCGCCGCGCAGCAUCCCGCAGAGCGCCGAGCCCGCGCCUGGGACCUGCGGCUGCGGCGAUGAAGAUCUGGAGCUCGGAGCACGUGUUUGGCCAUCCCUGGGAUACGGUGAUCAAGGCUGCCAUGCGGAAGUACCCAAACCCGAUGAACCCGUGCGUGGUGGGCGUGGACGUGCUGGAGCGCAGCGUGGACGGCUGUGGACGCCUGCACAGUCUGCGCCUGCUCAGCACCGAGUGGGGGCUGCCGGUCCUCGUGCGUGCCAUUUUGGGAGCCAACAGGACCUUGACAUACAUCAAAGAGCGCUCUGUCGUGGAUCCGGCUGCAAGGAAAAUGGAGCUGUGUUCCACCAAUAUUACACUCACGAAUCUGGUGUCAGUGAACGAGAGGUUGGUGUACACACCUCAUCCAGAGAACCCUGAAAAGACUGUGCUCACCCAAGAGGCCAUCAUCACCGUGAAGGGGAUUAGCCUUGGGAGCUAUCUGGAAAGCCUAAUGGCUAACACGAUAUCCUCCAAUGCAAAGAAGGGGUGGGCUGCCAUUGAGUGGAUAAUCGAACAUUCCGAGAGCGCCAUAAGCUAACAGGUCUGCACCCGUGCCUGCUGACACAAGGGGACAACCACAGCAACUUCUUAACCAGUCAGAUAUCUCACCAAAAAGAGUCAAAGAAGAAAGGGAAGAGAGAAGGAAGAAUGGAUGGAUAAAGAAGAUGAAAGGCAAGUGUGGAUGUGGUUCCUGCCAAGUCUGGAAGAGGCGGGACCUGAUGGAAUCUUCCCUGUCCAUGGUGACCUCCAAUACAACAUCGGGCCCAGGCACCAGCAGUGCGAGGCUCUGGUUCCUGGGAGUGGUGUGGAGCCCUCCUCUGCCAGGCUCUGCUGCAGGGACUGUGCCAGGAUGGGACAGUACUGGGCUGCACUGCCCCUGCGUUGGCUUUCAGUUUUCACCUGCUUCCCUGGCAGGAGUGCCACCUCCAACUGCUGAGUCCAGCUGCUUCACCAAAGGAGAGUUCCCCUCUCCUCAUGCCCUGCCUGCUAAGCCAGGGUAGGUCUCCCAAACCUUCCCCAGGGGCCUGGCUGCUGUCCUCUGUUCCUGGUGGCCCUAUGUCCUUCUAGUGUUCCACUUGCCUCUGUGAAGAAGGUGAGUAAGAAGUUGCUUUCUGACCCUCAGGGCCCCCAUCAUGGACCGUAUCUAAGAAAAAAAAAAAAAAAGUGAUACAGAACUCUCUGAAGAGGCCACUGUGGGUUCCAGCAGCAACUGGGAUUUUCAGGCUCAGACUGGCCCUGAACUCCCUGUAUAAUUGAAGAUGACCUUGAAUCCUUGCUUUUCCUGCUUCCAACUUCCCAAGUGCUGGGAUCACAGACCUGGGCCACUAUCCUUGGCUCUUUUUGGUUGUUGUUGUUGAGACAGAUCUUGCUGUGAUGCCCUGGCUGU